ACCAAACCCCCCGGCCCCAAAAUCCCUAAAACUACGUCACCAUUGCAAAUGUGCGGUUAUGUAGUUCGGUGUUUUUAAACUCUUCAACACUUCCUAAACAAGAAACCCAGAUAUGUUGACAGCAAAUGAAUAUUUAAACAUAGAGGAUUAUGCGUUUAAGAGUUCCCCCGAAUCCUGCAGUGGCAAUUCGUGCUUUACAGACUGCACCGACUUGCCAUCCGAUGAAGACUUCCUCCAACAGCUGUCGUCCGACUUGGACAUCCCCCUCUUGCUAAACCCCGGCGAAGAUGAACUGAGCUUACUAAAUUCAUUUUUUGACAAGAGCCCCGAUGAGAUCAUGUCAGAGAUAGUGUCACCCUCGUCGCCCAAGUUCGACGAAAUCGCCGAAAACUUCGGCGACUUCGACCCGAUGAAAUCCAUGCCGGACUUGUGCUCAGAAGUGAAAAUUGAGCCCUCAGACAGCUGCAGUUCGUCGGGGUCGAACAAAUCCAUCUCGCCGGUGCAGUCCCCCAAAGAUGGGGUGAAUUUUUUCGAGAUCAAGGACGAGGUGAAAAUCGAGCCGCACUCGCCGGGGUCGGUGGCCAGCGUGCACAAAACUGAGAUCGAUUCAAACAUACUAAUUUCAACGAUUUCAAACAGCCGAGUGAAAAUCGUGCCGCAGACUCUGGUCAAGAAAAUACCAAUUCAGACGAGGGUUGCGACGAGCACGCCGAAGAGUAAAGUGGUGGUUUUGCAAAACGCGGACUUGAAGCGGAGCGCGGCGACCCCUGGGGGCCCGGCGCCGCAGAAAGUCGUGGUUUUGGAGAAUUUGGCCACGGUGCCGGUGACCACGGUUGCUCAAAUACCCACGACGCUCACCAAUUCGGUUAUGAAGAGCACAGUGUCGCCGGUUAUUUUGACAGGGAGUAAUAACGUAGCUUUAAAUGUGACUAGUAUUGACCCAAAAAUGCUGAAGCGGCACCAAAGGAAGAUUAAAAAUCGAGAGUCGGCGUGUCUGUCUAGAAAGAAGAAAAAGGACUACUUGACGUCGUUGGAAACUCAAGUGAAGGAUUUACAAACUGAAAAUCACCACUUGAAAUUGGAAAAUCAGCAACUCAAAGAGCGGCUAAUGAAGUACGAAGGCACCCCAAUACAAAAGAGUUCAAGCAACGUUAAAACGAAUAUCAUAUUAUGCAUGUUCCUGUUUUCAGUGGCCUUUCACGUAGACUAUAUUAGAAACCCGUGGUUGUCACGAAGUGAAGCCAACCUUUUACAAGCAGACCCACCGAAAGUGUUAGAUCACCAUGGGAGAAAUUUAUUGUGGGCUGCAGAUGAUGUAUUGGAGAAAAACGGGUCAAAUUUUUCUCCAUUUUCGAUGUGUCCGGCUUCAAUAAACCAAACCGAAAGUGCCAGAUUAGCGCUGGAGCUGGAAAGAUGGAUUGGCAAACCAAAAGAAACCACCGACAAGGAAGCCACUCCCAACACCACCCGCCUCAGCGUCGCCGACACUAAACCAAAGUCAGUGCGUAAAAGAAAACCGAGAAAGUACGAAUCGACUUUUCUCUCUUCAGUCUACGACAAUCACGUUAGCAAUAAACUUUCGACUGCGGAAUCCAACGAGCUUCAGGUCUUUGCGCCCACUCUCGAGCAGCUCUAUAGCGAGUUUUUCGAGGCGAUUAACCGCCAAGACGACACUUUCUACGUGGUGUCGUUCAGCGACCACCACAUGUUGUUACCAGCGCUCCACCACAACAAAACCAGGAGACCGAAGAUGUCGCUAAUAAUGCCUUCAGUGUUACCUAGUGAGAAUAUGACCCAGCCUACUUUGGUGCCUCUAAUGCAGAUAGAUUGCGAAGUUCUGGACACAAGAUUGAUACAGGUGAGGUACGGGUCUAUACCGCAGCAUUUAAGGACACAUGGUAACGCGACAUAUCAGAAUAACGAUAGCGUAAGUAAACCGAGUGAGUCCACCGCCAACUAUACAACCAGAAAAGCGUAUAAGCCUUAUUUUAUAAAACAGAAAGCGGUGAGACCCAGUGAACGUCGAGAUCUCUACAAUUAACGUAGUUUUCUUUUAACGUAAUUUAUUCUUUGUGUGCAUGUAAACCAAAAAUUCUUAUUUUAGGUGAGUAGAGUGUGCUUUACUUUGCAAUGAAAUGUGAUACUUGUAUUUUUUACGUAAAUAAAUUGGAAUUGUCGCACUGUGUAACUAUGAAACGAUACAACAGUGAAGAUAAAUUUAUUUAAGAUUUGCUUGGUGGUGGUUGUAUAUUUUUUAGAAGAGUGUACAUAUUUUUUGAUCUUCAAGUAGUACAGGAUGAGUUAACACUUUUUUGUACUUUUCAUGUGUGUAAAAACCAAUAGUUUUAAGUCAAAGACCCGUAUUUAUGUAAGUUUUGUUAAUCGUAACCUUGUACCUGAGUGCAACAUCACCAUAUUGUUAGCUCAUUCAAUAAGAAUUUUGGUUUAAAUGGUUAACUACUAAUAGAAAGCACUUGGGUGUGAAUAUUCAUGCGUGUAGAGUGCAUUUUUAGAAAGUUUUAGUGUGUGCUACACAUGUGAUUUUUUCUAUUGUACAUACAAUAAACGGAUGAAAAUAAA